CUUCACUCAUGAGCCGCUGGACAUUUUUCCUAGGAAAUGAGAAGUGAGAUCUUCUGUUUUCACUGAAAGUGACAUUUGGUGACAUUUCCCUUGAAGCGCGGCUCCACCGUGGGUAGAAGAUGUUUGGGAUAUUCUCCGAAAUGUCAGGUGGGAGGGAAAAGAGAACACUGUCCGGUAUAUUAAUGGCCGGAGUCGGUCCAAAGAGACACACGAUCCAGCUUCAUCUUAGAAGGAAGAGAAAGGAAAGAGAGAGAAGACACCCGCCAUGGCCGCUCUGAAGACAGCUCUCGCCAUCGCCUUCAUCCUGGCUCUUUCUUGUCAACACAUCGCAGCCAUGUGUCCCAGCUGUCCCAAGGAGUGUUGCUUUGGAUUUCACUCCGGGAAUCCUCUUCGCGCCAGCAACGUCUUAUCUUACUACAGGACGGACCCUGAAUGCAACCUGGAAGCUGUGGUGCUUGUCAUGAAGAAGAACAACAAGCCGAUCUGUGUGUCUCCGGAAGCGCGUUGGGUGAGAAGACUCUUGCCCAAGGUGCAAGAAACAAAGUAAGAAAGAUGCCAAAGAAGCGGAGACGACAGAAAGGAGAUCCCAAACAACAACCAAGCUGUGUAUUUGGACUCUUCUAUUGCGUUCCUUUUGCAUUUCAUGCUUUUCGCCACUAAGCGGUGAACAAACUCUACUACUGAAUAGUUCGGGAGCACUGAAGACAAUCUGAGCACUAUAUUUUCCUCUCUUUUUUUCCCUCUGGGAAUUGUAGUUUAUGGGCAACUUUAUGUAUUUUUUUUAAUCUAUAGUUAAAGGGACGGGAGACAAUUGGUGGAUUGUGUUGAGCGUUGCACUAUGACUCUGGAGACCAGGGUUCAAAUCCUAGCUCAGCCAUGAAAACCCACUGGGUGACUUUGGGCAAGUCACACUCUCUCAGCCUCAGAGGAAGGUGAUACUAAGCCUCUUGUAAAAUGAAUGCACUGAGGAUAAGUGUAUAAGCUAAAAUAACAAAUGCAAAAAUAAAGCUGA